CAGAAUGCAGCACCUGGUUAUGUGCAGUUUGUUUAGUUUCGUAUAUGAGACUCGCCGUAUAGCCCCAGGAUGGAAGUUCGGGUGCUGGAACGCUCUUGGAAGUCCUGACUAAACAGUUAAAGUGACUCUACUAUGUCGUGUGCUUUUAUUCCCACACCUCCACCACCGCACAGCAAAAGACCUGUAACAUCCCCACCGGACAGCGGCUAGUUACUAAAGGAACCACUGAUGAGGCCAAGGAAGCCCAACUGGUCGGUAGAGCAAAAGCUGCUGCUGGUGCAGCUGGUGAAGGCCCGAAGGGAAGGUCUGCUGACUGGAAGGCAUUCCUGCCGUGAGACAGCUACUAAUCGGAGAUGGGCAUGGGAUGAGAUUGCGGAGGAGAUCUCUACUGCUCACCCUGAUGUCCCUCGUACAGGAAAAGAGUGUGAAAGGCACUGGUUUGUAGAGCAUGCCAAGGCUAGAGAAGCUAUGGUUACUCAGAGAACACCAAAAGUGACUAAUCCAGUGACGAAGCUUGUGCUUGAAAUUCUCAGACUGCAGGAAAAAGACACUGAGCAUAAGGACAGGCUUGAAGACGACAGUACAAGCUUUCAUGAAGAAGAAGAGGAACAAUUGGAAAUGAAAUAUGUUCCAAACACAGUUACACCUUUCAUAAACAUUGAAUUACCCAUCAACCACACAAAUUACAGUAGUGAAGAUGUUACUCCAGCGAGUGCCACAUGCCUGCCGUCACCCUCAGCAGAAAAAAGAGAGCUGGAAAUAUCAGUUCUUCGUCGACAAGAACGAGUAUUACAGUUGCAGGAAGAGUAUUAUUCCCUUAAAAUCAAACAUCUCAAAGCACAGAUGUUUCUGGACCUUUGAUGGGACAGUGACAUCAUAUGAAAGAAAUUGUUUUAGUCUUGCUGGGUAUUUAAUAGUUUCAAAACUACUAGCUACAGAACUAUUUCUCCAACAGUUGUACACACUGCAUUUGUCCUCCAUGGAAACGUGACCGUACUGUUUUAUAUAACCACUGUUGAGUCACAGUUUCACCAGAUGGUGGAAUAGUAGUUUUACAAAUAAUACUAUAGAAGAACAUCUAGGCAGGACUGUAGCAAUUGCUGUCACAUGCAGCAUGUUUUGCCUACCUAUUUGAAUGUUAAAACUAGUUUUAAAUUUGUAGUUAUGAGCAAUAGCAACUUAAAGGGAACAGACAGAUGAUAGAGAAAUAUUGCAGGCCAGUUUUUUUUAAACUGCACUGACAUGUUUUUUAAUGGUAUGGUAUGCUUAUGUUUGUUCUACAGUUAAAGCAAUGAUGCCGCUAUAGCUGUUUUAGGGGCAUUCAGAGAUUUAACUAUGAACUGUAUUAAUUAAAAACAAUAUCAACAGAUGAAGAACUUACAU